AUCCCUAAACCUUUCCAAAUUCUCGCCGGCGAAUAGCCCUAGCGGCGGCGAGGCAGCGGCGGCAGCGCGAUUAUGGAGACCACAAGCCCGACCGAAGAGAAAUCAUCCGGUUAUAAUCCUAACAGUGGAUCCAAUUCAAAGCCCAAAAUCGUGGUGAUAAUGGGCGCCUCGGGAUCAGGCAAAUCCAAAUUGGCGAUAGACCUUGCAUCGCACUUCCCGAUUGAAAUAAUCAGUGCCGAUUCCAUGCAGGUUUAUCAAGGGUUGGAUGUUCUUACUAAUAAAGUUCCUUUUGAUGAGCAAAGAGGAGUUCCACAUCACCUGCUGGGGACAAUUUCUCCAAAUGUAGAAUUCACUGCUAAAGAUUUUCGUGAUUCUGCUAUUCCGCUUAUUGAUGAGAUCUGGUCUCGUAAUUGCUUGCCUGUUCUCGUCGGAGGAACAAAUUACUAUAUCCAGGCUCUUGUAAGCCGGUUCCUGUUGGACGACCAUGCAGAACCUCUCGAAGCAAACUACUUAAUGGAUGAUCAUGAUAAUGAGAGACCAGAUAAUGAACUUGAAUCACCAGAGGAAGAUUGUCUUUAUACUUACAGUCGUCUUAAGGAGCUCGAUCCAGUUGCAGCAAACAGAAUUCAUCCAAAUGACCAGAGGAAGAUCAAGCAAUAUCUUACUUUAUAUUCACAUCUUGGAGUUCUUCCAAGUAAGCUUUUCCAGGGGAAUACCAUGCAGAACUGGGGUCAAGCUGAUAGUUUAAGAUACGAUUGCUGCUUUAUUUGUGUUGAUGCAUCUCUCCCGGCAUUGGAUCUAUAUGUCAACCAAAGAGUAGAUGUCAUGGUUUCCACUGGUCUUUUUGAAGAAGUUUGUGAUAUUUACAAGUCGAAUGCAGAUUAUACACGAGGGUUAAGGCAGGCAAUUGGAGUCCGGGAAUUUGAGGAUUUCCUAAAUUGUUGGAACUCACAAUCUCAAGAGUUGCCUGCAUGCCCAGUGCUGCUCAAAGAAAAUAUGCACCAUAUCUUGAAUUCCUCCGAUGAAGACCAACUGACACUUAAAUUAAGAGACGCUGUUGAGAAAGUGAAAUUGAAUACCAGAAGACUUGUUCGUCGGCAAAAGAGACGGAUCAGUCGACUUCAAAUGCUGUUCGGCUGGAACAUACACUUUGUUGAUGUCACAAGUUGCUUGCAAGGUGCUUCUGACAAUUCAUGGUCUGUGAAUGUGGUGGAACCAUCAGUUAACAUCGUCAAAUCUUUCCUUGAUACACCUGCCAGCGCGAAAGCUACCAAAAGAGAUGUCGAGGACACCAAACUGGCUGAGAGAGACCUUUGGACUCAAUACAUUUGUGAAGCAUGCGGCAAUAGGGAGCUUAGAGGUGCUCAUGAGUGGGAGCAACACAGACAAGGGCGCAGCCACCGGAAACGAGCUUCACGCCUGAGAAAGUCGGGCAUCUUAUCAGGUGUAACCAAGAAUACCAGUGUGGAUUAAUUUUUGUUGCUAUUAGUUUAAGUGAUGCAGUCAAAUAGAUUCGGAAUGUUGAGUUGAGAAAAGUACUUUAGCCUCUUAAUGGCUUCUAAGCUAUCCAUUUGCUUUGCUGCUUCGCCCCA